CAUGGAGUACUAUAUAGGCUACACUUUUCCGCUGUUUAAGUGGUACGUCGGCUUCUAACACCCACAGCAUGAAUCAUAAUGGGGAGCAAGUAAAGCAAAAUGACAAAAAUUGAGGAGAAAAUUUUGGAAAGAAAUAAGAAUUGGACACAGGUUAUGUAAAAUUUUCCAUAGUAAGCUGUUUUCAUCAGCGCAGCAAAGGUACGAAAAAGGUAACAGAACCGGAUAUGGUACUGAGAGAGAACCCGAUGCUGAGACAAAGCUGGAUGCUGUAUCCCAGUGACGAGCCCUUACGUGAUCAAGGUGCCUCGGAAGGUACGCUACCGACCAGCUGUCGUGUCAUCCUCAGCUCACAGGCGUCACUGGAUGUGGAUACGGAGGGGAUGUGGACAUGGAGGGGCAUGUGGUCAGCACAUGGCUCUCCUGACUGUACAUUAGUUUACGAGACCAGACCCACUACUUCUCAAUCAAGAAACUUCUCAGUUUGCCUCACAGCGGCUGAGUGCACCCCGCUUGCAAACAGCGCUUCGCAGACCAGAUGGUCACCCAUCCAAGGGUUAGCCCAGCCUGACAGUGCUAAACUUCGGUGAUCUGAUGGGAAUUGGUGUUACCACUGCGGCAAGGCCAUUGGCAUAACGUAAAGCUCCCCUACAUAAUCACAUGGAAAUGUGUUGUGGCAAAUGCAGGACAAAUGACAAAAAAUGUUAUAUCACCUGCUAUGAAAUAUUCUGGUAACCUAAAUGUUUAGUCAAAAACUGUUAGAAUUAACAAAAGAUCUC